UGGAAGGCAGAGUCACUUGCCCAGAUGUUUGAAAACUAGAGAGAAAGGAAAUAAAGGGGGAAGGCUCCUUGGGCAAAUAGGAUAUCAUAGACUUGGGAAAAAAAAGAAAAGAGGAAAGAAGUGUCCCCAGACUUACACGAGGGACAGAAGACGAGGGAAUGAUGUACAGAAAGUUGUGAGAGGAGAGUCGGGAAGGUUAGACGGGGCUCAGAUUCUCAGCUUAUAUUCUGAGCUUGAUGCCUGGAACACAGAAGUCGAAACAUGACUGAUGAGGAUGGGCAGUAGCAGAAGGGGGAGCAAGCACAUCAGAUGUAGAGGAUUUUAAACAAGCGGAUAACAGAUUUUUUCUCCCAGCCUCAGAAAGAUGACUUCACAGACAGCCCAGGAUCUUAUGUGAAGGAAGCCAGUCUCUCUGUCGCAGGACAGGUGACCCCCCCGCCUGCAGCCCUUGGACAGGGCCCUCUGUUUGCCGAGCACCAUGCCAGCUUCCAACAGCAGUGAGCCCGGGCUCCCGGCCGCCCUCCUCCUGACGGGGGUCCCAGGGCUGGAGUGGGCCCACCCCUGGAUCGCCCUCCCCUUCUGUGCGUUGUAUCUGGUGGCGCUGGCCGGGAACGCCGCCCUCGUCCUGGUCAUAGUGACGGACAGGACCCUGCACGCCCCCGUGUACCUCUUCCUUUGCCUUCUCUCGCUCACCGACUUGGCUCUCAGCUCCACCACUGUGCCCAAGACGCUGGCCAUUCUGUGGCUGCAGGCGGGCGAGAUUUCCUCUGCUGGGUGCCUGGCCCAGAUGUUCUGUGUCCAUUCUAUCUACGCUCUCGAGUCCUCGGUGCUUCUCGCCAUGGCCUUUGACCGCUAUGUGGCUGUCUGCCACCCGCUGAGAUACACGACCAUUCUCAACCACGCCGUCAUAGGCAGAAUCGGCCUUUUGGGGAUAUGCCGGAGUAUAACUGUUGUCUCACCUUUAAUCUUCUUGCUGAGGCGACUCCCAUAUUGUGGUCACCGUGUCAUGGCACACACCUACUGUGAGCACAUGGGCGUUGCCCGACUGGCCUGUGCCAACAUCACUGUCAAUAUUGUCUAUGGACUGACCAUGGCCCUUCUGGCCGUGGGUCUGGAUUCCAUCCUCAUUGCCGUCUCCUAUGGCUUUAUCCUCCAUGCUGUCUUCUGCCUUCCAUCCCGUGAUGCCCAGCACAAGGCUCUGAGUACCUGUGGCUCCCACCUGGGGGUCAUCGUGGCCUUCUACAUGCCUGCCUUCUUCUCCUUCCUCACCCAUCGCUUUGGCCAACACCGAGUCCCCAGGCACGUGCACAUCUUUCUGGCUAAUCUCUAUGUGCUGGUCCCGCCUGUGCUCAACCCCAUCAUCUAUGGGGCCAGGACCACGGAGAUUCGGAGUCGACUUCUUAGACUGCCUCGUUUGUGGAAGAUCUCCGCCUGAUUUCUUGCAGAGGUUGGAGGUGAGAAAUGAAGAUACAUGGGAAGGAUAAUUGUCUAGAUAAAGUUACAUAACUGAAAGCCUAUGAUGUGAGAGAGAUGGUAUGACAUGGGAGGAGUGCUUGAAGGAACAGACUGGUCGGAUAAAUUGGACUUUUCAGAGACGCAUUGAAUACGCUCCUUGAGCAGCUCCUGAUUGCUCAGGACAGGGCAAGCUUUUUCUUCUGUUAUCUCAGAAGGAGCUGUUACUUGCCAAGAAGCUGCACAGUCUUGUUCUGGAGUGGAUCCUGCAGCUCAUGGUGGGUUAUUCUAAUGGGAGGUCAUUUGAAGUGAAAACCAAACCAAACCAAAAUGGAACCUUUGGAGUGAAUUUGAAACUGAAAUCCAAAUCUGUGGACGGUGGUUCAGUGCACAAGAUAAAAUCAGCCUUGUUUUGAAGGCUUGCUCCCCUGCUCACUGAUUUUGUGUUUUGAGCGUAUUAUUAAACAUUUCUUUGUCUAUUUUAGUGAAUUGUAAAAUGAAGACAAUGAUUAUAUCUAGCGUUGGGGGUUAUGUUGAGAAUGCAAUAAAUUACUGAAUGUAUGUAGAAAACAGUGCAUGAAAUGUAAAAUGCUCAAUAAAUAAAAUCCAGUUAUGUAACCUCUCUAAACUUUUGCAUUUCAGUUUUAUAACUUAUCUAAGAUGAUUUUGCAUUAUCUUACUUCGCAUAAUGGUUGAAACUAUGUUAUAUAAGCGCUCUGUUUAAGUUAGACUGUACUUGGGAUAUGAUUAGUGCUCAAUAAAUCGGUAUUUUUUUAGCAUCCCUUUCUACUCCUCCACUUUUGAGGUUCAGUUGCUUUUCAUCUUAAAUGUAUCCCUGCUGGCGUUCCCCUGUGGUGCGGUGGGUUCAGAACCCUGCAUUGUCAUUACAGCAGCUUGGGUCAUGGCUGUGGCACGGGUUCAAUCCCUGGCCCAUGGAACAUCCACAUGCCAUGGAUACGGCCAAAAAAAAAAGUAUCAUUCAUUGAAGAUUUAGAGAAACCCCUUUGUUUAGAGCCCAAGAUCCCUUCUGCAUGGUCCCUUGAUUACCUCCAUUACUAAGUGUAUUUUUUAAAGUUUAUCCUACUUGGAAUCUCUUGAGCUUCUUGGGUUUACAAAUAAAAGCUUUCAUCAGAUUUGGACAGUUUUUGGAUGUAUUUCUUCAAGUAGUCUUUCUUCUUCUUUCUCUCUCCUCUCCACCCGAGACUUCCAUGCAUGUAAUACUGGUAUCCUUCUUGCUGUCUCAAAGGUCUCUCCAGCUCUAUUCAAUUCCUUGUAUCCUUCUUCCUUUGUUACUCAGUCCGGAUAAUCUCCAUUGACCAAUCUGCAAAUUUGCUCUUUUUUUCUUUUUGUCUUGUCAAAAAUACUGUUGAGGAG